AUGCAUUUAUACAACCUCACGCUGGAAGCGCCAACGAGCGUGACGGCGGCAGCCGUUGGCCAGCUACUUGGUACGCGACAGCAGGAGAUUGUGCUUAUGCGCGGGAGCCGCAUUGAGAUGUAUAAGGUGGAUGUCGAAACUGGAAAGUAUACGCGCAUGCUUGCGCAAAACAUGUUUGGCAAUAUACGCAGCAUAGCGUGCUUCCGACUCACGGGCGGAGCAAAAGAUUAUCUUAUCCUUGGAAGUGACUCGGGCCGCAUCGCGAUUCUCGAGUACAGUGAGCGCAAAGCGUGCUUUGAAAAGGUGCACCUCGAGACCUUUGGCAGGUCCGGCAACCGCCGAAUUAUUCCCGGCCAGUUUUUGGCGACAGAUCCAAAAGGCCGUGCUGUGCUGAUUGGCGCCGUGGAGAAAGGCAAGCUGAUUUAUAUUUUGAAUCGCGAUAGCGAAGCGAACCUUACCAUAUCAAGCCCUUUGGAGGCGAACCGCGCGACGGCUGUUGUGGAGAGCAUCGUGGGUGUCGACGUCGGGUACGAGAACCCCAUGUUUGCAUCGCUGGAAAUGGACUACGGAGAAGCCGAUCAGGAUUCCAGCGGCGAGGCUGCGCUGAACACGCUCAAGAAUGUCGUGUACUAUGAGCUUGAUCUCGGCCUGAACCAUGUCGUGCGCCGUUGGGCAGCACCUGUGGACCACCGAUCGAACCACCUGAUCCAGGUACCAGGCGGGUACAACCAUAAUACGGAGCAAUGGGACGGUCCGAGCGGUGUGCUGGUCUGUGCCGAAGACUAUAUCACGUACAGGCACCAAGGGCAGCCAGAACAUCGCGUGCCCAUUCCGCGGCGGAGAAAUUGUGUAGCGCAACUUGAGCCAAGCCGCGGCUCUUUGAUCAUUGCGAGCGUGCUCCAUAAAAUGAAGAACACCUUUUUCUUUUUGGUGCAAAACGAAGACGGGGACCUGUUCAAGCUUACGCUGGACCACGACGAGGAAGAGGUGCAGGCGCUUCGGAUCAAGUACUUUGAGACGGUGCCUGUCGCAGUAAGCCUCUGCAUUUUGCGCGCGGGUUUCUUGUACGUGGCGUCCGAGACGGGCGCCCAGCAGCUCUACUCGUUCCAGAAACUUGGCGACGAGGACGAGUUUUCCGAGUAUGUCUCCACGUCGUAUCCGCACAACGGCGCGUCCUUCGACGCUCCUCCGCCCAUCCCCUCUUUUGUCCCUUGCGCACUGGAGAAUAUCGCGCUUGUAGACGAGCACGCAGCGCUCGAUACACUGAUGGACGCAAAGAUUGCGAAUCCUUUGGCUUCCGACUCCCCCCAAAUGUACACGGUCGGUGGCCGCGGCGCUCGCAGCGCAUUCCGCCAGAUGCGCCACGGUAUGGAGGUGGAUGAAGUGGUGAGCAGCGAUUUGCCCGGUGUUCCCAAUGCGGUAUGGUCGACCAAACUGCGCCAGACGGACGAGCACGAUAGUUAUAUUGUGCUGAGCUUUGUCAACGGCACCCUAGUCCUGCGUAUUGGCGAGACGAUUGAAGAGGUUGUCGACAGUGGCUUUAUGACAAACACGCCUACGCUGACGGUCCAGCAGAUUGGCCCCGACGCCAUCCUGCAAGUGCAUCCGCUUGGCAUCCGCCACAUUCUCGGCAACAAGCAGGUCAACGAGUGGCCUACUCCGGUGCUCGAGAAUGGCGAACCGACCAAGAUUGUUGCGGCGACGGCAAAUGACCGGCAGGUUGUCAUUGCACUGAACACGAACGAGAUUGUGUACUUUGAGCUGGAUAUGGAAGGGCAGCUGAACGAAUACCAGGAACGGCGCGACAUCGGCGCCGAGGUACUGGGGAUGAGCGUUGCGGGCGUGCCUCAAGGCCAUCAGCGCACACCGUACCUUGCUAUUGGAUGCGCCGACCAGACCGUACGCAUCGUCUCGCUCGACCCCGACUCAACGCUCUCCUCCAUCUCCAUUCAGGCACUCACCGCAUUGCCGAAGAGCAUUUGUGUCAACGAAAUGCUGGACGUGACCAUCGACCGAAACCAUCUGACCAUGUUUGUAUCGAUCGGGCUCGAAAACGGCGUGUAUCUUCGCACCGUCCUCGAUCCUGUGAGUGGACAGCUCACCGAUACACGCCCGCGUUUCCUCGGAAGCAAGCCAGUUUCCUUGAUGCGCGUGCAUGUCCACGGCCAGAGCGCUGUGGUUGCGCUGAGCAGCCGCAACUGGCUUAGCUACUCGCUCCACAACCGCGUCCACUUCACGCCUCUGAUUUACGAGCCGCUCGAGUACGUGUGGAGCUUUACGACGGAGCUGUGUCCCCAAGGCCUGAUUGGUAUUGUGGGCGAUACACUGCGCAUUUUUACCCUUCCACACCUCGGCUCGCAGCUGAAAAUGGAAACGCUUCCGCUUUCCUAUACACCGCGCAAAAUGGCGGUGCACCCGACAAACCCCGCGCUGUUUUACGUGGUGGAGUCGGAGAACCGAGCGCUUUCCCCUUGGACCGUUGCACAGCGCAUCGACGCGCUCGGCGGCCCCGACGCUGUGCCGGACCGUGGUGUGCUGGACUUGGAUCCACAAACCUUUGGGCUCAUCCGCGGCGAAGCUGGCCAGUGGGCGAGUUGUCUGCGCGUCGUGCACGGCACAACCGUGCAAACGACGUACAAGCUGGAGCUGCAAGGCAACGAAGCCGCGUUCAGCGUAGCGUUCGCCACAUUUACAAGCCACGGAGACGAGCCUUUCCUUGUUGUUGGCUCUGCAGUCGACACCACAGUCAAGCCCCAUGCAUUCCGCAAGGCGUACAUCUCCACCUACAAACUCAAAGACGAAGGGCGCGCGCUGGAACUCUUGCACAAGACUGAGAUCGACCAGAUUCCUUUGGUGAUGCACGCGUUCCACGGCCGCCUGCUUGUGGGCACGGGCGCUUUUGUGCGGAUUUACGAGAUGGGCACGCGCAAACUCUUGCGCAAAGUGCAGAGCAAGCCGUUCCCUACUACCGUCGUCACGCUCAAUGUUCAUGGCUAUCGCAUCGUUGUCGGCGACAUGCAAGAAUCUGUGCAUUUCCUCAUGUACAAGCCAGCGACCAACAGCCUCACGGUGUUUGCCGACGAUACCCUACCACGCUGGACCACAUCCGUUCAGAUGCUGGAUCAUGACACCGUGGUGCUUGGCGACAAGUUUGGCAGCUUGGCCGUGCUGCGCUUGGACGAAUCGGUUUCGCGUACUGCGGACGAGGACCCUACGGGACUGAUGCUACAGGCAGAGAAGCCGUUCUUGAUGGGCGCUGCAAACAAGCUGCAGCUUCUGGCGCACUUUCACGUGGGCGAUAUUCCGACGAGCAUCAGCCUUGCAAGCCUCGUGCCGGGCGGGCGGCCGAUUAUUGUGUACAUGGGCCUCGCUGGAACGGUGGGGGCAUUGGUGCCUUUUGUCAGCAAGGAAGACGCGGAGCUGAUGAGCAUGCUGGAAAUGCAUCUCCGCCAAGAAGAUCUUAGCUUGGUGGGCCGCGAUCAUAUGGCGUACCGCGGCGCAUACGUGCCAGUGAAAUCGGUCGUCGAUAGCGACUUGUGCGAGCUGUACGGUCUCUUGCCGCCAGAGCGACAGGUAGUGAUUGCGGAGAGUCUGGACCGAACACCAAACGAAAUCAGCAAGAAACUCGCGCAGCUGCGCGAGUCUGCUGCGGGGUUCUGA